ACUCCUGACGAUGGUGUGGUUCCUGGCGGGGGCUGCUUGGGCCGUGUCUGCUGGGGAGAACAGCGCGAUAGUUCUUGAACCUGUUAAGGAUGGUCUCGAGGUCGUCUACGUGUUCCUCCCUGGUUCUUAUUCUACGAACGACAGAUACGUGCAGUUCGGAGAAGCCCUACAGGCGGCCUCCCCUCACCGUCUGUGGGUUGGACUCGUAGGCAUAUACAUGGAAGAUUAUCCCGACCCCGCUGAGCUCGACGCUGCCGUCACCGCCUGCUUGGCCGACAUGAGGCUGCUUGGGAUGAACAGCACGGACGUCUUCAUCUCGGGUCACAGCCUUGGAGGCCAAGUCGCCGUCUUCUACCCCGAGACCCGCGACAUCUUCAGGGGUCUGGUGUUACUCGGGGCCUAUUUGGACCACGGGCUCCUGGCCUCGUACCCCAUCCCGGUCCUCACGCUCGCGGGAGACCUCGACGGGUCAUCCAGGGUCACGCGCAUGGUGGACGCCUUUACCGAGAGCCAAGCCCAGAUGGCGCUGGACUCUGAGGCCGUGUUUCGGGUCCCGACCAUCAUUCCGGAGGACGUCAACCACGCGUCCUAUUACAACGACAGCGACGGACUGCAGGUUCCUGACGAUAUCCUGACUCCUUUGCCCAGUGCUGAGGCGAAAGCGAGGAUAAGUCAGCACGUUGCAGACUUCAUAACAGCGACCCUGGGGAAGCCUUCAGCAGCCGUGGACGACGCUCGCUCCCGCCUCCUGGGUGCUUAUGAUGAUACCAACGCUAAGAUGAAGCCGAUCCAAGACCUGAGGGCCGUGACGGAGGAAAUGUCGCGUUCGCCCUGGUCGGAAAUGUCGCAGAAAAUCCUCGCAAACACCGCGACGCAGGACGACUGGCGAUAUAUGAACGUGAGUGAUCACAUCCACGACAACACUUCCUUCGUGAGCGAAAACCCUCACAUGACCUUGCAGUUGCAGACCCUCAGCAUUGCAACACAAUCCCACGUGACCCGACCCGCUGACCCGUAUUAUUACGAACCUCUAACCGCUUUUGAAAUUGCAAUCAAGAUGAAGAGCCAGGAAGCGAUCAAGGAGGAACUGGAGCCUUUAGGAGUGUUGUUCAAUAAGCCCGUCACCUGCAAGGAACUUAAUAUGGCCGCCUUCGACAGGGCUUUCAACUCACCAGUCGACGUCGUUCGGGAUCGCUUCAUCGAACGCGGGAGGAACAUAACUUUCUUCGAAGAUGUAGUCGACGAUUUCGCGACGUCUUGGCUCGCUUCUUCGCACAGCCUGGUCUAUACUGAUGCAGGCCUGGAAGUAACAGCACGACGCUUCCACACAGCCAGCAAUAACCCCGACUUGCGUGGCUUGACGUGGUGCAAGCUGGUCCCCCCUGAGCGGUUCCUCGAAUACAUCAUGGUCGACGGUCUGAAGGGAACCAAACCUUAAGAGUGAUAUAUCAACUCUGAGGUAGAUAAAAAGAUCAGACUGAAAACGUGAAAUAAGGAAGAGGACGCUAAGGAUAAUGAUGUAAGGAUAGUAUUGAUAAUAGGUGAAUAAAUAGAAGGCGUAAU